GAUCUGGUAAAGCGUUGCUUUGCUCUUGUUGUGGAAGUAAUAUUCUUUGCACCGAAUUUCUGCUUGGCAUCCAAGACAUGCAGCGCGAACGACGUUAGGACUGCAGUGUUGUUGAUCCGUGAAACGCAGACUGUUCUCAGAGAACACAAAAUGGACAUGAAACAGCAACUUAACACAUUGAAAGAAGAAAUUCGAAUGAAAGGAACAGAAAUAGAUACCCUUGGAACUCAGUUAAACGGCAAUUUCACAACAUUGCAAGAAGAAAUCAGAAAGAAGGGAAAAGAGAUAGAUAGCCUUCGAACUCAGUUAAACAAAAUCACAACAGCGGCAGCUUCGCAUGUUCCCAAGACAUUCCACGCGUACUUGAGCACAGACGUCACCCUCAGCGACCAUGAAAUCAUAAAGUUCGAUAUCGAGGAAACAGACACCGUGAACAGCUACGACACUACUAACGGAAUGUUCACCGCUCACGUUGACAGAUUCUACUUCUUGGCUAUAACAAUACAUUCUGCUGUCAAUAGUUACGUUGGCGCCGAGAUAGUCGUUAAUGGCGUCGUCAAGGGCGAAGCGUUCGCUGACUCGGAGGAAAUUGCCGACACGCACUCCUCCAGCGCGAUGACAAUCGUCCGAAUGAGUGCCAGGGAGGAGGCGUACGUCCGACGUGGGUCAGACAGUAAGUCGGCGUUAUGGAGUCAAGCAACCCGCGGACGUUCAACAUUUUCUGGUUGGCUCCUAAAUUAAUGGUUGUGUUUUGGGGGAUGUAACGAAGUGAACAGCAUGUACGGAGGUGCUUAAGUGUUCUCUUCUUUGACAAACAAUUGCAUUGUUUAAAUGUGCAUGCAGUGUGUUUUAAAGAAAAUGUUUUUGUUUUGUUUUAAUCACUAUGACUUCAAUAUUUAUGGACC